ACAUAUGUCAGUCAAAGUAAGAGGCCACGCCUCCCGCUGACCCCGCAAACCCUGGGGGAGACGAGUGUACGGGGUUUUUAAAAGAAAUAUACGCUGGAAUAAAGUUUCAACUUUUUGCGCGAGGAUCAUUACUUUAGAGACUUUUGCGUGCUUUUGUGGAGGGAGCGGGAGAAUUUGGGUAUUUAAGAAGACUUUUCCAUCCUUUUUUUUUUUUUUUUUGGGUGUCGUGGUGAAGGAUGGAUGAAAUGCGGCCUAGCGGCGGAGCGGCUGGCCACCUCGGGCUCGCCUCGCUCUUUCCGCCGGGUCUGCAGGCCAUCUACGCGGAGUGUCGGCGACUGUACCCCGAUCAGCCAAACCCGCUACAAGUCACCGCCAUCGUUAAGUACUGGUUAGGGGGGCCAGAUCCUCUGGACUACAUAAGCAUGUACAGGAACGUGGGAUGUCCUGCUCUGGAUGUACAGGAACACUGGCACUAUGUGAGUCUCGGCCUGAGUGAUCUGUACGGAGACAACAGAGUUCAUGAAUUCACUGGUCUUGAAGGUCCUAGUGGAUUUGGCUUUGAGCUUACAUUUCGGUUGAAGAGGGAGCCCGGGGAGACUGCUCCCCCCACCUGGCCAGCCGAGCUUAUGCAAGGUUUGGCUCGGUACGUCUUUCAAUCAGAAAACACGUUCUGCAGCGGUGACCACAUUUCAUGGCAUAGCCCACUAGACAACAGCGAGUCCCGAAUCCAGCACAUGCUGCUCACAGAGGAUCCCCAGAUGCACCCUGUACAAACCCCCUUUGGGCUGGUUAGCUUCCUUCAAAUCGUGGGGGUGUGUACAGAAGAGCUCCAGGCAGCACAGCAGUGGAAUGGUCAGGGCAUUUUGGACCUGCUGCGUGGAGUGCGUGUUGCUGGAGGUCCGUGGUUAAUCACUGACAUGAGGAGAGGGGAGACUAUAUUUGACAUUGAUCCUCACUUACAACAGGAGAGAUUGGAUAAAGGCAUCGAAACGGACGGCUCUAACCUGAGUGGCGUCAGUGCCAAGUGUGCGUGGGAUGACCUGAGCCGACCUCCAGAGGAUGAGGACGACAGUCGCAGCAUCUGCGUUGGAUCGCAGCCACGCAGGCUGUCUGAGAAAGACACCGAACAGAUCAGGGAAGCCUUGAGGAAAGGACUGGAGAUUAACAGCAAGUCAGUCUUACCCCCCAUUAACACUCAGAGACCCCAUCAAGACCGGCCACUACAAUCAGUCGGACAUUUGCAGAGCAAGCAGAACUCAAGAAGUCGUAAGGACAGUCUGGAAAGUGAGAGCUCAUCUGCUAUUGUUCCUCAUGAGCUGGUAAGGACGCGGCAGCUGGAGAGUGUGCACCUCAAGUUCAAUCAGGAGUCUGGAACUCUGCUCCCACUGUGCCUUAGAGGUCGCCUCCUUCACGGGAGGCACUUCACAUAUAAAAGUAUCAAUGGUGACACGGCAAUCACUUUUGUAUCCACUGGAGUGGAGGGUGCUUUUGCAACAGAAGAGCACCCCUACGCUGCUCAUGGGCCAUGGCUACAGAUCCUUCUCACUGAAGAGUUUGUGGAGCACAUGCUAGGCGACCUUCAGGAUCUGAGUGUUCGUGACGAGUCCAAGCUACCAAAGGAAUACAGCUGGCCUGAUAAGAAGCUGAAGAUUUCUAUCCUGCCAGAUACAGUGUUUGACAGCCCACUGCAAUAAGACUGAGAGGAUGUCUCCCAGGCCCCCCGCCCCCCCAGUCUCUAGAGAAUUGCUGAGCCGCAGGGGCUCCAUAGAGACUCGUACUUUUACACAGUUGGAGGAAAUGGACACGUAGACACUUGACUCCCUCUAAGACAGCUGUUGGCACAAGACACUGAAUAUGCCUUUUCACCAAGUAUUAACACCCAUCAUAGCAUUUAUCCUUCAAAUGUUUCUGUUUAAUGCAUUUUGUCCAAAUGACCUCAUAUCCUUCAUUUUCAGAAAUCUACCUGUGUGCCUGUAGCCUGUACAUAGGUGUUUUGAAUUUUUUUUUUUUUUUUUUUUUUUUUUUUUUUUUUUUUUUUUUUUUUUUGGAAUAUUCGAGUUGUUUGUUCUGUAAAAGGACUUUCUGUGGUGUGCAUUAACCCAGACUGCUAUUUACAACAGGCUGAAGAAUGACUUGCCUAAAUCUAAACAAUAAUACCUAUUGAUUUUAUGAGAGAAAAACAGGGAAGAGCUUAAUACAAUUUGAUUUUUACUUUUUGUAGACUUUUUUUUUUUUUUUUUUUUUUUUUUUUUUUUGGGGAGAAAUUUUUGCAUAAGAGGUUGGAUAAGACCAUGUUUACACAGUUUUAGGGUUAGGCAUAGCAAAUUCACAGCCCUGACAAAUAUCCCCAAACCUUUUCUGUGCCACAAGGAAGUACUGAAGUAAUUUUGCUUUGAAAAGGAAAACAUUAUCUUAAAUAUUCAUGUUGUGUGCAAAAAGAUUGAUUAUGCCAAAGGUGUAUUUCCUCAAUUUUAAUUAUUUCUAGUGCUAGAAAGAGAUACUACCAAUCAAACCAUGAUUAAUUUGUCUUGUCAGUUGUUAGUACUUUACUGCAUUAUUCAGAAUCGUGCACAUCCAUCACUAAGUCUUGCUAAGAAAUGUUUACAAGCUAAAGUAAACUUUUUAUCAGCAAAACUAAAACAAACUGCUUCUCAUGAAGUCAGGCUAUAAUGAAUCUACCUUUUAUAUCAUGAGUUAUAGAAGUGUGGAAAUUGCUCUCAAAUUAAAUACACUAGUGCCUGUUUAAAACUGAUCAACACUAUCUUGAUGCAAGUUGCUAAUCUAUACCAAAGCCAGUAUUUAAUUUGCAUUCUCGUGUAUUGGAUGUAGGAGAUCAAAAGCCCAUUUUAUUACAAUGGUUUCCCCCUUGAUUUCUUUAACCGUUUAAAGUGCAAUGGUUAACUUUUCCACUCAUCAUUUCUGUUCUGUUCCAUGUUGUUUUAUGGAUGUAAGCUAAAACGUGUUCGUGGGGAUAGGAGUACAUUCACAAGCUGCAUUAGUUCCCCUUUUUUUUCUUUUCUUUUUUAUAAAUACCUGAAGUGCACACUAAACCACAAGUUCUUCCCCCCCCCCCCCCUUUUUUUAACAGGUGUGUUUUUGUAGUGUAUUGUCUUUUUUUUUUUUCUUUUUUUUUUUUAAAUAUUCUUUCAAAUCACUAAACUGCCUCUUUUUCUUACCAUUAAAGUGCAUUAAAGUUUAUUUACAUAAAUAUUGUAUAUUCAUAUUGGCAUUUUAAACUGUACGUAAAACACCAUUAGGUGUAGUGUAAAUAAUUUUGUAAUAUUUUGUGUGCUUAAAAAAACAAAACCAAAAAAAACAAACAACUAAACAAAUAAUUUGAGACUACAGUCAAAUUUGAAGAUGAUGUGCUCAUUUGUAUGUCAGACCUUUCUUUAUUCUCUAGGAGGGUCAUAAACUCACAUUUUGUGAUUUCUUUUUAACCAAUGCAUGUUUUGGGACACAAGUGGUGUUCGUAGCAGAUGAAUGCAGGCGUAAAGAUUGUAGAAUAUUUACAAGAAAAAUUACUUUAAGGAAUAUCAGAGAAAUGUUCAGGAUUAAUGAUUGUUGUCUCUAAUAUGUUAACACUAUUGAAAUUCAGUGCCCUCUAUUAAUACUGACACCCUUGGUUAAAUAUGAUCAAAGAAGGCUGUGAAAAAUUGUCUUUAUUGUUUUAACCUUUUGUUCUUUUGUUAAAAAAAAAUUCACAAAAUUACUCUGCUCUCAUGGAUAUCAAAAAAUUGCGAACACAACACAGGUUUAUCAAUAAAAUCUUUGUUAAAUAUAGGUGUGCAACAAUUAUUGGAAGCCCUAUGAAUUCAUAUGAGAAAAAUAUAUUUGAAGUAUAUUCCCAUUGAUAUUUAAAAUUUUUUAGUACACCUGGGUGACUAGGAACAGGAAAUUGUUCAACCAUGACUUCGUUUUACAGGGGUAUAAAUAUGAGGUAACACAUACGCCAAAUUCCCUUAGUUAUUCAUAACAAUGGGUAAGACCAAGGAAUAUAGCUGUGAUCUGCGGCAAAAGGUUGUUGAGCUUCACAAAAUGGGAAGUGGCUAUAAGAAAUUAGCAGAAGCAUUGAAAAUGCUCAUUUCCACCAUCAGGGCUAUAAUUAAGAAUUUCCAGUCAACUGGAAAUCUUAUGAAUCAACCUGGAAUUGGACGUGUGUCUAUAUUGUCUCAACACACCGUGAAGGGGAUGGUUCAAGUGGCCAAAAAAUCUCCAAGGAUCACAGCUGGAGAAUUGCAGAAGUUAGUUGUGUCUUGCGGUCAGAAAGUCUCCAAAACUACAAUCUGAAGUCACCUACAUCACCACAAGCUGUUUGGAAGGGUUUCAAGAAAAAAAAAAAAGCCUCUACUCUCAUCCAAAAACAAACUCAAGCUUCUUCAGUUUGCCAGACACUACUGGAACUUCAAAUAGUACCGGGUUCUAUGGUCAGAUUAAACCAAAAUAGAGCUUUUUGGCAAUAAACACCAGAGGUGGUUUUGGCGCACACAGAGAGGUAGCCAUAUGGAAAUUACCUCAUGCCCACGGUUAAAUAUGGUGGUGGCUCGUUAAUGUUUUGGGGAUGUUUUUCUGCCAGAGGACCUGAACAUUCUGUAAGGAUACAUGGCAUCAUGGACUCUCAAAUAUCAACAGAUAUUAAAUGAAAACCUGACUGCCUCUGCCAGAAAGCUUAAAAUGUGCCAUGGUUGGAUCUUCUAGCGGGACAAUGAUCCAAAACAUACAUCAAAAUCAACACAAAAAUGGUUUACUGAUCACAAAAUCAAGGUCCUGCCAUGGCCAUCCCAGUCCCCUCACUUGAAACCCAUAAAAAACCUGUGGGGUGAACUGAAGGGGAGAGUCCACCAGCAUGGACCUCAAAAUUUGAGGGAUCUGGAGAGAUUCUGUAUGGAGGAAUGGUGUCAGAUCCCUUGCCAUGUAUUCUCCAACCUCAUCAGGCAUUAUAGGAGAAGACUCAGAGCUGUUAUCUUGGUAAAGGGAGGUAGCACAAAGUAUUGACUAAAAGGGUGCCAAUAAUUGUUGCACACAUAUAUUUAACAAAGAUCCUUUUUUUUUUUGAUAAACCUGUGUUUUGUUUGCAGUUGUGUUUUAUGAAUUUUUUUAACAAAAGAUCAAAAGGUCAAAUUAAUGACUUUUUUUUUUUUUUUUUUUUUUUUUUUUUUUUUUAAACAGCUUUCUUAGCUCAUAUUUACCAAGGGUGCCAGUAUUAGUGGAGGGCACUGUAGCUACACCUUGAUAACAGCAUCAUAUGCAAAACAGUUGUAUGCAGCAGGAUAUCAUGUAACUUUUAUCUGACUUUGGGUGACAAUUUCAUUGAUUGUCAACAGCACCGAAAUAAAUAAUGAUCUAUAACUCUUGGUAGACAAGUUUAUAGGCUACACUAUAAAGCGCAGAUGUCCACUUAACAAGGCACAGCAUCACUGAUGCAAAGCACCACUUAAUGCAGAGUAUCAUUAAAUAAAUUUUUUAUUUAAAUUGUAUUUUAUUUUAUUUUUUGGUGUGUACACUGUCACAUAACCUAGCUAGAGUCCAUAGGCCUUCACCGAUUUUUGGGCUGGCUUACCUAAAAUAUUUCCAGAUUAGAUAACUGAAAACCUUCUUCAGAUGGGGACUUUGUACUAUUAUUAACAACAAUGCUGCAAUAAAAGGGAAGCAAGUUGAUUAAAUAAAGCUGUUGAAUAUG